UGUCGCAUGGGAGUGUGGAAAGAAGCCGACCUUUCCACGGAGUCAACGUCCUCUCCCGACACCAGCCCACAUCAACACGAGAUCGUGGAGGAACCGGGUUCGAAGCCGACCUUCCGAGCACCAUAUCGGCUCAGCCCUACGGAGCUGACUGACAUGAAAAAACAGAUCGAGUAUCUCCUAGCCAAAGGACUCAUCCGGCCAUCUACUUCACCAUACGGUGCCCCAGUGCUCUUCACACCGAAACCGGACGGAAGCCUGUGCAUGUCCAUUGACUACCGAGCUCUUAACAAGCAGACCAUCAAGAAUAAAUAUCCGAUACGACGAAUCGAUGACCUGCUUGACCAGCUUCGGGGAGCUACGGUAUUUUCCAAAUUGGAUCUGCGGUCCGGAUACUGGCAGAUACGAAUGGCGGACAACUCCAUCCACAAAACUGCUUUCCGAACUCGGUAUGGAUCGUACGAGUAUUUGGUAAUGCCACUCGGACUCACCAACGCACCGGCAACAUUUCAAGCCGAAAUGAACCACAUUCUACGACCACUUUUGGACGAAUGCGUGGUGGUGUACCUGGACGACAUCCUCAUCUACUCGCGCGACAUGAAGCACCACGUCGAUCACCUGCGACGCGUCUUCGAAAUUCUUCGACGAGAACGAUUUUACGUCAAACUGUCCAAGAGCGAAUUCGCCCUUGAGAAGGUCCAGUUUCUAGGACACAUGGUGAGCGCUCAAGGAGUUCACGUCGACCCCAAGAAAAUCGAAGCCGUACGUACGUGGAAGACACCCGAGAAUGUGAAGGAGUUGCAGCAGUUCCUAGGCUUCGCUAAUUACUACAACAGGUUCGUGCCACAGUAUGCGAAAAUCGCAGCACCACUCACGAAUCUGCUAAAGAAUGACACACCCUACAAAUGGGAGCCGAAGCACCAGGAAGACGUGGAGCAGCCGAAGCAAGCACUUACGUCUGCACCAGUACUCAUCUUGCCAAAUCCCGAACGCGACUAUGUCAUCGAAGCUGACGCCAGCACCCAGGCAGUGGGAGCAGUCUUGAUGCAAGACCAGGGGAAUGGACUGCAACCAAUCGCCUACCUGAGUAAGAAACUACACGGGGCAGAGCUAAACUACCCGAUACACGACAAAAAGGCCCUGGCUAUUGUCAUCGCCUUCAAAGCGUGGAGAUGCUACCUCGAAGGACGAAGAACAACCGUCUACACCGACCACUGCAGCCUGAAAUAUUUGAAGACACAACCCAACCUUUCCAGGCGGCAGGUCCGGUGGAUCGACUUCCUCGAGGCACACUUCCACUAUGACAUCGUGUACAAGCCCGGCCACAAAAACAAAGCAGAAGCCCUCAGCCGGCCUGCACACGUUGCCGCUAUUCAGAUCGAAGGGAUGAAUCCACUCCUCAAGGGACUCUUCACACACGGGUACGCCAUCGACCCUGAAAUUCCCUUGGCAGAAAAGCGACAUCUGCUACAGUGGGACAAGGAUGUUCAGAAAUUUGUCACCUCGUGUGAUACAUGUCAGAGGAUGAAGAGCAGCAAACAGAGGAAAGCGGGACUACUACAGCCUCUUCCUGUCCCAGAACAGCCAUGGCAAGUGGUUAGCCUGGACUUCAUCACCGGGUUACCACCUACCACCAGCGGUCAUGACGCAUUCCUUGUCGUCAUCGACAAGUUCUCCAACACGGGACACUUCAUCCCGACACACACGACAGCACGCACCGAGGAGACAGCACAACUAUUCGUUCGAUAUAUCAUCUCACAGCAUGGCAUUCCAACCACACUCAUCUCCGACCGAGACCCCAAGUUCACCUGCAAGUUCUGGAAGGAAAUCAUGUCUCUGCUCGGGACCAAACUCGCCAUGUCAUCCGCUUACCAUCCGCAGACAGACGGACACAUCGAGCGCCUCAACCAGAUUGUCGAGCAACUCCUCCGAGCAGCUUGCAAGGACGAGAUCUCCAAAUGGGACUUGCACCUGCCCGUUCUAGAGUUUGCUUACAACAACGCUACACAUGCCGCUACUGGACAGACGCCGUUCUUCCUCUGCUACGGACGACACCCACUCACACCACAAGAAACGACAACAUCCGCUACAGUCCAACCUGCACAUGAUUUCAUCACAACCAUGCAUCAGCUUUGGGAUCGGACUCACGAGCGCCUCCUCGACAUUCAGCAGCAACAAAAGCGCCAGGCCGAUCGCCAUCGCAACGACCACACCAUCACGGUGGGAGACCAGGUGCUUCUUGACACCCGCAACCUGGACAUCAGCCACCUCCCAUCUAAACUUCGACCUUGCUUCUGCGGGCCUUUUCUCGUUGAAGCACAGGUCACUCCUGUUACCUUCCGCUUACGCCUGCUAGCUACCGAGAAGAUUCACAACGCCUUCCAUGUCCAACUUCUGAAGCCCUAUCGGGAUCCAAACACGAUCUUUGUCGGACGCCAACCGCCGCCACCGCCACCCGUCCUCGUCCAGAAUAAACCCGAGUACGAGGUCGAGUCCGUGCUUGCACACCGCCGUCGUCGGAAUGGCACAGUGGAGCUUCUCAUCCGUUGGAAGGGUUAUGAUCCUUCUGAGGACAGCUGGGUACCUGAGUCCGACAUGGGUAACGCACGUCGUCCUCUGCAUGACUACCUUGUCAAGCAGGGUGUUACUUCUACCACCCAGCUUUGAGGGGGGAAAGUGUAAGAGUACG